AUGGAAACACUUGAAAUCAGAAUAUUACAAGUAAAGAAUUUAUAUCUAAACAACAAACAACAUCAUCAUCAUGUGAUUCAUCAAUCUUCUAUUCAUCAACACCAACAACAAUUGCAAUCGAAUUAUCCACCAUCAUCAUUUCCAUCUACAUUGUCACCAUCAACGACAACAUCGAAAUUAAUUAAACUAAAAGUUGGAACUGGAAGAAUUGGAGGAUGGAUCAAAAAAUAUUCAUCGAUUGAUUCGAUAACACCGAGUAUGACUACUGUCAACAGUUGUAUUGAUAUUCAUUGGAAUUGGUCAUUCUCUUUAAAAUAUAAAUCAAAAUAUCAAUAUUUAUUUAUUAAAAUUAUGGAAGAUAAUUUUCUAUCAAGUUUAAUUGGAGAAUGUAAAAUUGAUAUAUUACCAUUAUACAAUUCGCCAUAUCCACAAGUACAUUAUAUAACAGUUCCAAUCAUUUCAAAUAUUGGGAAUAUUGUACCGUAUCAACAACAACAACAAUUCCAAUCAUCGUCAUCAUCAUCAUCAUUAUCGAUCAAUGUUGGAGAACUCUAUAUGAGUGUAGUUGUUCAUUCAAAACAAUCACUUUUAAAAUCAAUUUCUAUAUCUUCAAUUGAUCAAUCAACAACCUCUUCAUCGUCAUCAUCAUCGACAAUGGAUGAUAACGAUCAAAUGAAUAUCGAUGAUCAAGUUGUCCCAACUACUACAACAACUACAACAACUAGUACUACCAUGUUGGGGACAUCAUUAUCAACAUCUCCAACAUCCCAAACACCUAAUAAUAAUAAUAUAUUAUCAUUUGCAAAUUCAGUUCAAAAAAAGGCAGGUCAUCUUUUAAAAGAUGUAUUUAAAUUUAGUCAUCAUAAUCACAAUCAUAGUCAUAGUCAUCAUAAUCAUAAUAACCAACAAAAUAAUAAUAAUAAUAAUAAUAAUAAUAAUAAUAAUAAUAAUAAUAAUAAUAAUAAUAAUAAUAAUAGAGAUAAAUUAAAUAUAACAAAUUAUAAUGAUGAUUUAAAUCCAUUUACAAAUAAUAAUAGUAAUAAUAUGAUGAUGGUUGAAAAGAAAAAUAAUAAUAAUAAUAAUUGUUUGAUUAGAAAUAAUCAUAUUAUUAAUAACCCAUUUUCCAACAAUAAUAAUAAUAAUGUUUCAACUACUACUACUACUACUACAACAACAACAUUACCACCAUUAAAAAUGUUACAAUAUAUGGAUAUUGGAGAUGAUUCAUCAAGUUUGGUUAAAGAGAUGAAAACAUUUUUAAUUAAAGAGGAUUUGAAAAAAAGUGGGUUGGGACAUGGUAGUAGUAGUAGUAGUAGUAGUAGUAGUAGUAGUAGUAGUAGUAGUAGUGGUGGUGGUGGUGGUGGUGGUGGUGUAGUAGAACCAAUCCAGACCGAUCACUUGUCACUGGUGAUUGUACAGUGUAAUGGAUUCGAACAACAUUUUAGACGUGACACAUUGACAACUGAGGCAACUGAAGAGAGACGGAUGUUAUCAUGUCGUGUUAAAAUUGGUAUGAACGAUAUUCCAAAGGAAACCAUCCAAAAACCAAUUGACCAAUUACUCUGGAAACAAAUCUUGGAAUUAAAUUUACCUUUUUAUUUUUAUCGUGAUCGUGAUAAUCGUGAUCGUGAUCAUCGUAAUGAUCAUCGAGAUCAUCGUAACAACAACAACAACAAUUCAGAUUUAGAUUUAUUGGAUUUAGAUUCAGAUUCUUCUUCCUAUGAUUCUUCUGAUUCCUCUCAUUCGUCACCGUCAUCAACAACAACUUCAACUUCAUCAUCUCCAUCAUCAACAAUACAUAUAUUAUUAAAAUAUUCAACUGGAACUUUAACAUUGGAGGAAGCAUCAGAAUUGUUUUAUCAAUCUGUUUGUGCCAAUGACAAGGUAUUGGUUGAUAGUUUACUAAGACACCAAGUCAAUAUCAACCAUGUGUUUAGAGAAAACAAACAUCUCGAUAAAUCAUCAUACACUACUCCACUCAUCAAGGCUGCCAAACAUGGAAAUAUCCCACUCAUCAAAUCACUUUUAAAACUUGGUGCUCAUAUCGACCACACUGAUUAUGAAGGUUACACUGCUCUCAUGAGAGCUGUUCAAUAUGAAGGUAUAUUCCAACCUUCAAAUAUCAAUGUUAUUAAAUUAUUAUUAAAUUAUGGUUCAAAUCCAACAUUAAAGAAUUUAUAUGGUGAUGAUAUAUUUAAAUUUUGUAAUAACAAGGAAAUGAAAUAUUUCUUACAAUCAUCAAUUCAAAAUGAUUAUUAUGAAGUUAAAACAAUAUUAUGUAAAAGUUGUAAUUAUUUAGAAUUUCCAUUAUGCAAUGAACAAAAACAUAAUAAUAUAAAUUCUAUUCUAAAUUUAAAUAAGAGUUUACAAGAUGGUAAAUGUAUUUGUAAGAAUAGAAAGAGUUGUUUGUCAUGUGGUUGUAGCAGCAGUACAGAAGAAUCAAAAAGAAUCAUUUCCACUACACAAUUGGUUUAUUUGGCAAACAAUUAUUCCCGACAAAAUGGUAGAGAAGUAUUCCAAAUUUCACCUACUCAUAUUGCAAAUUGUCCAAUUUGUAAAUCUUUUGGUUUCAUCGAUGAUAAUCAAAUGAUCACCGAUCAUAAUAAUAAUAAUAGUUCUUCAACAACAUCAAUGUUUAUUUCACAUCUUGCAUUUUGUCCAAUUCCAUUACAAUUGGAAUCAUCCAAAGUUAUACUAUCACCUCGUCAAGUUGAUACUUUACUUCAACUAUCUAAAAAAGGGUUAAUUUCAAAAGUAUCAAAUAUUUAUCAACCCCAACAUCAACAACAACAACAAAGAAUCCAACUAUUAUCACUACCACAAGAAAUUAUUAUUACCAUUCUUGGACAUGUUGGUGAUGCUCAAGAUUUAUUUAAUUGUCAACAAGUUUGUCAUUAUUUUAAUCAACUUUUACAAGAUGACAUGUUUUGGAAAAUUAAAUUAAAUCAAUCUUGGCAAACUAAUAAUAAUCAAAAUAAUCAAAAUAAUAAUAAUAGUAUUAGUACAACAUCAACUUCAACCUCAACCAAUUAUAAUAACAAAAUUUUAUCAUUUAAACAAAUAUUUAAACAUUAUUUUAAAUUACAAGAAUGGAUUAGAAUAUUAUUAUUAGAGGAAACUUUUAAACCAAGAUAUCAACUUUUAAUUUCACCAUUUAAUAAUAUUAUAUCAUCAUCAACUAUGAAUAAUACGAAUAAUUCAAUGAUUGUAGAAUUAUCAUUAACAGCCAACAAAUAUUUAUUCAACAAGGAUGGAUUGUCAUUCAAUUUUGAUAAUCAAUUUAAAUUUUGGAAUGAUCAACAUUAG